AGGAUGGAGUGUUUGGUACCUCCACCGGAUGGCUAUCAGCCGCCUAUCAGAUGGCCAAAGAGCAAAAGCGAAUGUUGGUACAGGAAUGUUCCAUAUGAUUGGAUUAACAAGGAAAAAUCUAAUCAACAUUGGUUACAGAAGGACGGGGAGAAGAAGUUCAUUUUUCCCGGAGGAGGGACCAUGUUUCCCGAUGGAGUUACCAAGUAUGUUGAUUCAAUGGUAGAUUUGAUUCCCGGUAUGAAAGAUGGGACGAUCAGGACUGCCAUUGAUACUGGAUGCGGGAAUGCCUUGUCUCAAAAAGGCUUAAAAUGGGAUUCGAAAUAUGGAAAUGAGGAGACAGUGAAUAUAAGGCAAAUUAUGUCGUGGAAACAUGUUCACCAUGCUUUGUAA